AUGGCUACUGAUCUUUGUCCCGUUUACGCGCCCUUCUUCGGCGCUCUCGGCUGCACCUCCGCCAUCGUCUUCACCUGCUUCGGCGCCGCCUAUGGAACCGCUAAGGCUGGUGUCGGUGUCUGCGGUAUGGCCGUUCUCAGACCGGACUUGAUCGUCCGAAACAUCGUCCCCAUCGUCAUGGCUGGUAUUAUUGCUAUCUAUGGCCUGGUCGUUUCCGUCUUGAUUGCAAAUGAUUUGAAUCAGCGUCUGCCUCUGUAUACUGGUUUCAUUCAGCUUGGUGCUGGUCUUGCCGUUGGUUUGGCUGGUUUGGCUGCUGGUUUCGCUAUUGGUAUCGUCGGAGAUGCUGGUGUCCGUGGAUCCGCUCAACAGCCUCGUCUUUAUGUUGGAAUGAUUCUUAUUCUUAUUUUUGCUGAAGUUUUGGGUCUGUACGGUCUCAUCGUCGCUCUGCUCAUGAACUCGCGCUCACGCGGCGAAUGCUAA